UAAUAAUCUUGCACUAACUCCAUCGCAUUUCUCUAAUAGCAGUAGUCUUUUUUAUUUUCGCUUUUUAUUCUUUCCUGUCAAAAGAAUAUACAAUGUAUACCACAAUGGGGCAAUCUGCCCCUACCAUGGGCGCAUCUAAUCCUUCCGGAGGAAUCCGCCUUAGCUUCAUUAACCCUGCCGACCAAGCAAAGUUCGAAGACCUGUUUACUCGUGCAGCAGCAUCCUCCGGAGGCAACAAUUUGCCCGCCAUGGCUGCACGCGACAUUCUUACUCGAUCGAGACUCGACAAUGACUCCCUCGCCAAAAUUUGGGAUUUGUGCUCGAUUGCGAAUGCGCCGCACUUGACGUUUCCUGAGUUCGCAGUAGCAAUGUACUUGACGUCCGAAAAGCUUAGGGGGAAGCUAGUUCCGAACGCGCUUCCACCUGCUAUCCGUGAAGAAACCGAACUGGCCAUGGCAACACUUGCAUCCAAGCAAGGUUCUACUCCAUCGACACCACAACAAAUCCAACCGCUACAUACUUCGUUCAUGCAGCCACAGCAGCCUAUGAUGACAGGCAUGCCACCGCCACAACCACAACAGUCCAUGAUGACCGGUAUGCCACCACAGCAUCAACAACAACAACAACAACAACAACAGCAACCAUUUUCCAACGCGUCGUUCCAGAACCUGAUGCACCCAUCCAAUUUGUCGGUACCGCUUCAAACGCCACUUCGCACUGGUAUUGCACCUCCAAUGCACAGCAACAACAACACACCAAGACUUGGAAACCAGGACUUUGCGAGCAAAAUGAUGCCCAAUCAAUCGGGUGGUCUGCCCAACUUCCUGGGUGGACGGUCCUCAGCAUCAGGGUUUUCAUGGAAAAUCAGUCCAGAGGAGAAGCAACGUUACCGCGAGAUUUUCCGGGCAUGGGUUGUUCCUGGAGAAGACUACAUGUCGGGCGAAGCUGCAAGAGGUGCAUUGAUGCAGUCGCAGCUUCCGGAACAGGAUCUGAUGAGAAUCUGGGGAUUGGUGGACAAGGAUAACAAUGGCAGUUUGGACGAGGACGAGUUUGCGAUUGCUAUGCAUUUGAUCUAUCGCAGAUUGAAUGGUUUUGAUAUCCCUUCGGUAUUACCCACCGAACUCGCGCCCCCAUCAAGCGUUUUGAAAAAGUUUGUCUUGGGUCGUCAAGUGAAUCGCCCAGCCCCGUCAUUUUCGCGUGAUUCACCUCAAGAACAGCAACAACAACAACGCUCUCCAGCAACUUCGCCACAGCAAGAUCGUGAUGGUGGCCAGGGUGGAUAUGUCUCCAGUGCACGUAGAAAGGGCCCUGCCAGCCGCUUUAUGUCUUCCGCCGCAGCGCGUCCAAGAAUGCAGUCGUAUGAUGAAGAAGACGAGGAUGAUUACAGAGAACAAGAGGACCCAGCAUUGGAGGAGCUGCGUCACCAAAUUGCAGAAACGAAGGUGGCAUUGGAUAGAGCGACGCGAUCUAAGGCAUCACGGCAACAGGAGUAUUCGAGCAGCCGGUACUCGACCGAGGAACUGAAAGAAAAGAUCCGCAAGACGCAGGAGGAACUUACUCGGGCAUCAAGAUCUAACCCCAAAUACUUUGAGAACCAAGAGAUUUUGCUGGAUUUGUUGGAGUCACAAAAGACUCUUCAGGACGAGAUUCAAUACCUGUGCAACCGUGACAUUCCGGUGCUAGCACGACAGCUUCGUGGCGCUACGGCCGAACUCCGUGAUACAAAGGUACGCUAUGCCCGCAAGAACGACGGGUCCCAGGAUUUCAUGGCUUUUGUCGAGCCUACAGGCCCUGGUGGCAUUGUCACCGAAAGUGAUCGUGUGCGUGCCAAGGCCAAGGCGAUGAUGGCGGCCCGCAGAGCCGGUACUUCCAGCACCAAGGAUACGCAGUUUGAAUUGCGUAAGGCUGAGCAAGAAAAAGAAGACUACGAUCGCCAAGCCGAUACGUAUGAACGUGAUAUGGAACGAGCCCGUGAUUCACUCCGUGAUCUGCGUGGCGAUUUGCGUUAUCUCAAUACGUUGGUCGAAUCGAAAACCGUUGUGAAUAAGAAGCGUUUUGACAAGGGACAUGAGCUGCCUUAUGAACUUCGACGUUUUGUUGAGCAAUUGGAACGCGACUCUGCUUUGGAUAUCGCUACUUCGCCACGAUUCACGCCUUCAACGGCUAGUUAUGGUGGUGGUGGUGGUAGCAGCUCCCACAUUAAGUCAGCCGCCAGCCCUGCUGCCAGUAACCCGUCUACAGCGUCACGGAGUAUGAGCAGCCCCAAACCAGCAGCUCCUGCUAAGCCAAGAACGGCUGAAGAAAUUAAAAAAGAGGCUGAACGACGUGUGCAAGAGCGUCUGGCUGCAUUACAAGCAAAGAGAUCCCCAUCGCGCUCGCCCAGACCUUCCGCGGCUAGCACCCCGUCACAAGCCAACGAGGAUGCGUUGGCUGCGCAGAGACGGUUACGUGAUGCAGAGCAACAAGCACAGGCCAAGAUCCGUGAAGGUGAAUCGAGACGGGAUGAAACCGAACGACAGCCUCGGGAUUAUGAGCGUGAGGCACGCGAAGCCGAAAUGCAGCGUGUACAAGCUGAACGUGAGCAAGACGAGCGACGCAUCCAGGAAGAGCGAGAUUAUGAGCAGCGAAGAAUUGAAGAAGAAAAGGAGCUUGAAGCUCGACGACAGGCAGUGCUCCAGAAGGAGGAGCAAGAUCGACUGGCCCGUCAUGCUGCUAUUCAAAAGGCCGAAGAGGAACGUGAAGAGCAACGACGACGCGAACAGGAAGCGGAAAAGAAGGCUAUGGAUCCUCCUGCUGCGCCUUCAGCAUCGAUCCCCACACCACCUCCCCCACCUCCCCCAGUUGCUCAAGAAUCAUCGAUACCACCUCCACCUCCACCUCCACCUGCACCCGAGGCACCUGCCACUGAUGCAGCCGCAGCAGCUGCUGCUGCUGCCAACAAGAUGAGCAGCAACAACCCAUUUGCUAAACUACAGGGCCAACAGCAAACAGAUAAGCAACCCGAAGAGGACAAGAAGGAAGAAGCCGCACCAGUAGUAGCAGACGAGCCAGAAAAGCAGCCAAAAUCCAAGCGAAUCAGCUAUAAUCCAUUCGCCGCCUUUUCUGCAUUUUCUGCUACCAAGGCCAAUGAUGACGAGAGCGACUCUGAUGAUGAUGACGGCUGGGACGUUGUUCAUCAUGACGAUACGGAUGACGAAAACGAAUUCCCUGCCGCAGGCAGCGCAAAGAACCUCGCUGGUAUGCUGUUUAAUGCCAUGAGCCAGCGCAAGAGUCCAAUGAUGCAGCCACGCGAAAUAGCAUCGCCUGCAGCACCAACAACUCCACCUGCACCUGCACCUCCAGCCGCUUCUGCUGCUGCUGCUGCUGCUGCUGAUGUUCCUCCUCCACCUCCUCCUCCACCAGCUGUCGGCGGUGUUCCUGCUGCACCUCCACCACCUCCCGCACCUGCUGCACCAUCAGCACCUGCUGCGCCACCAGCACCUCCUCCAUCGUCCGAUAUUCCAGAGCCAUCUACAGGACGCGGUGCUUUGCUUAGCCAGAUCCAAAUGGGUACAAAGCUACGAAAAGCGGCUACUAAUGAUCGAAGUGCUGCAUCUGUAUCUGGAAAAGUAAUUGGUGGCGGCGGCGGCGAUUCAUCUCCAGCUCCAUCCUCAGCCCCAUCACAACCACCAAUUUCUCAGCAACCGUCGUCUCCUACGCCUCCACCCGCUGCAACACCAAGCAGCAACUUCCUUGCCGAAUUACAAGCACGCACAGGCGGUGGUAGUCCUGCUCCAGCAGCAACAGAAGCAGCUCCUGCCCCCGUUGCUGCCCCUGUUGCUGCCCCCGUCGCUGAGCCUGUUCAACAACAGGCGCAAGAAGGCAAAGAAUACAUUGCACAGUGGGCAUACACUGGCCAAGGAGAUGGUGACUUAUCAUUUGAACAAGACGCUACCAUUGUCGUUCUCAAUGAUUCUGAUCCGGACUGGUGGUACGGAAGUGUGAAGGGCUCGAACGAAACAGGUUAUUUCCCUAAAGCCUAUGUUCAGGAACCAGCUGUUGUUGUUGUUGUUGUUACUACUAUUAGGUGCAGCAGCUGUUGCUGAUGCUGCCAUUUCUGCCGAACCAGCGGAUAAAGUACGAUUGCCUGCCAAGGCACUAUAUGAUUUUGAAGGACCUGCAGGACAAGAAGAUUGUUUAAGUUUUGAAGCUGGUGCGUCGUUGGUUGUUCUUGACAAAGAUUCGGACGAUUGGUGGCGAGCCGAGUUAGCAAGCACAGGC